CCCGGGCCCGCCCUGUCCGGCCCGCCCUGCGAGUCAGUUCGCUCGUUCCCUCCCUCCCCCGGCGCGCUACGGCCGCCGCAGCGCUCCCCGCCCUCAAGCCGCGGUGCAGGAGUCGUCCGCCGCCCGAAGAAGAGGUGGAGGGAGCCAGAGGGGCCCGCCGAGGCGGCGGCGGCGGCGGCAAGAUGGCGGACUUCCUGCCGUCGCGGUCCGUGCUGUCCGUGUGUUUCCCCGGCUGCGUGCUGACGAGCAGCGAGGCCGAGCAGCAGCGCAAGUCCAAGGAGAUCGACAAAUGCCUGUCCCGGGAGAAGACCUACGUGAAACGGCUCGUGAAGAUCCUGCUUCUGGGCGCGGGCGAGAGCGGCAAGUCCACCUUCCUGAAGCAGAUGCGGAUCAUCCACGGGCAGGACUUCGACCAGCGCGCGCGCGAGGAGUUCCGCCCCACCAUCUACAGCAACGUGAUCAAAGGUAUGAGGGUGCUGGUAGAUGCUCGAGAGAAGCUUCAUAUUCCCUGGGGAGAUAACUCAAACCAACUAAAUGGAGACAAGAUGAUGUCAUUUGACACCCGUUCCCCCUUGGCUGCUCAGGGAAUGGUGGAAACUCAAGUUUUUUUGCAGUAUCUUCCUGCUAUAAGAGCAUUGUGGGCAGACAGUGGCAUACAGAAUGCCUAUGACCGACGUCGAGAAUUUCAACUGGGUGAAUCUGUAAAAUAUUUCCUGGAUAACUUGGAUAAACUUGGAGAACCAGAUUACAUUCCAUCACAACAAGAUAUUCUGCUUGCCAGAAGACCCACCAAAGGCAUUCAUGAGUACGACUUUGAAAUUAAAAAUGUUCCUUUUAAAAUGGUUGACGUAGGUGGUCAAAGAUCAGAGAGAAAACGUUGGUUUGAAUGCUUCGACAGUGUAACAUCAAUACUUUUCCUUGUUUCCUCAAGUGAAUUUGACCAGGUGCUUAUGGAAGACCGACUAACCAAUCGCCUUACAGAAUCUCUGAACAUUUUUGAAACCAUUGUCAAUAACCGGGUUUUCAGCAAUGUCUCCAUUAUUCUCUUCUUGAACAAGACAGAUUUGCUUGAGGAGAAAGUGCAAAUUGUGAGCAUCAAAGACUAUUUCUUAGAAUUUGAAGGGGAUCCCCACUGCUUAAGAGACGUCCAAAAAUUCCUGGUGGAAUGUUUCCGAAACAAACGCCGGGACCAGCAGCAGAAGCCCUUGUACCACCAUUUCACCACUGCUAUCAACACGGAAAACAUCCGCCUGGUUUUCCGUGACGUGAAGGAUACUAUUCUGCAUGACAACCUCAAGCAGCUUAUGCUACAGUGAUGUACAAAAAGACUUGCUGUUUUAAUAGCUUAUUAUCCUUUUGAUUGUUUUCUGUUUGUUUUGUUUUUUAAAAUAGUUUACAACAGGAAUUAGAAAAAUCUUGAUUCUCUGUUUAAGUUCUUGGAAAUCUUAGUCCUCCUUCUGCGGACUUGGGUUUGUGGCUGAAAGCUGCUGAAUAAAACAUCGCCAGUAUCUGCUGAAGUUCAGGCUUUGAUCUGUUUCACUGUGGCUUCCAUUGGAGUGGAGUUGUAAUUUCCUGCCAAACCUCAGAUGAGGUAUAUUUUAGGCUUUAAAUUCUUCUACUUUCAAACUUUCAAAAUUUUAUAGUGUCAAGUAUAGAAGGUGUCCUUAAAUAUUUGUAGGUAUGAGGCUAAGAAUAUUCAGUUCUAAAACAAGUAAGAUACCUUUGUCUGCCCAACACAUAGCACCGACACUCAUGCCUGGCUUUGUGGUGACCUAUUUUGAAAUGGCUGUUGGAAAAAAUUUUGAUCCUUAGGAAUGAUAUUCUAUAGAUUUACACAGAUUUAGGCUUCAUGUAUUUUUAAUUACUUAUAAUACACAACAUUCAUUUUGAUUUUCGGUCUCUUUGGUUUCUAGUGUUUUAAAGUUUACAUGAAGAUUUCUGGUUUGAUGCUAAAGAAAGUUCACAAAUGGUACGGGGGAGCAAAGGCAAGCAAGUGCCAUAUUAUAGUGUUGUGGUCGAAGUUAUGAGUGAAGUAUAAUUUAUCCUUUUCAUAUUUAAAUAUCAUAAUAAAAGUGCCAGAUGUGUGAAACAUUCUGGCCAUAGCAGUAACUAAAAAUUGCAAGCAACUUAAUAGAACUUUCCAAAAAAACAUACCCUUCCCAGAAUGUUACGUGUUUUACUCUCAGACUUUUAAAUCCUGUCUCAGAUGAUUUGUGGCCUUACUGUAGGAAAUCAUUGUCAUACCAACACAAACAUCUUUCUUUUGCUCUCCUGUCUGUAUCCAUCAACUCAGAGGGUGGCAUUUAUGGGACCUUUUUUUGGUCAUUUGGAGCUUCCCAAUGGCAGUAUUUUCAUGUCAAACUAUUCAAGAAGGUAUUAACUUCAGAUUCCUUUUCAAUCUUGGUAUGUCACUAAAAAGCACAGAAUACGCAUGUUUGUAUUAUUGUUUAUGAAAUUCCAGCUCUAUUGAGGUACAUUUUGAAUGUUUUAAGGAUAUUCACACCAAAAUAUGAUUGCAUUUGACCUCCCUCCAUCGCAUACCAAAUGAAAACAUACCCAUGAGGUCAUUUUGUGAUUACAAAUACAUUCACAGUGAACUCUUCAGAAGGGCUGGUUUGCAGUACUGAAAAUAUUGGCUUGCAGGUUGUGUGCAGUGUUAGAAUUGGAUUAGAGAAACAGAUGUACAAGGCUGAGGCAGUUUGGAAAGUCUGGCAGCUUUUCUCUUUUUCCUGUAAAUUGUGAUUAAGACUGUGAUAUCCGUCACUUUACUGUAUAGCUGACUGGGUUCUCAGGUAUUUUCUUGGCUAGAAAGUUCUUGAAAGAUGGGUCAACAUUAUGGAGCACCCAGCCUUUCCAAGACAGUGACUCUUGGUCUGUCUUGCUGCCUAGUAUGAGACUAGGGCUUUUCAGUGUGCUAACCAGGGAUUGCACUUAACAUACCUGACUUUGCAUUUGAAGUUUCAUCCUCCAUCAAGAUGUCCAUAGUCACUUCCAGUGUUUUCAUGCCUUGGCAUACAUGACCUCCAGAGCUGUCUCGCACAUGAUAGUGCAAGUGUUCGUAGGAUAGUUCAUGCAUGUUUGAGUAGUUCUUCAUAUAGUGUUUCUUGCCAAAAGAAUAGUUUGUUUAAAUUCACAGAGUUAAAAUAAUUUUAGUGCUAGUGAAUAUCUUAAUAUGUGCACGGUAACAUCUGGACUUUUUGGUGGGGAGUCUCUAAAUUUAGCACGUAGUUUUAUGGAAUGGCCAAACCAAUAUCUCCAUGAAGACUGAAGUAAGUUCCCUGUGUAAAGAGGAAACAGUCUACUUACAUUGUAUUUAUGUUCAGUGAUACGAAACGUAAAUAUUGACUAACAAAACAAAUCACGUUUCCCCAUGUUGACUACCACCAAGAAAUGUUGAAAUACCAAGUAGAUAUGGUAUUAUUUUGGGCAUUUGUGAUUUUCUUUCCUGAUGUGUGUGAUGUCUCCAUCGACAUCCUCAUAUAGUAAAAUCUAGAAUAUACUUUGAGGCAGUAAUUUACUUCUACUUAAUGGCAGGCCUGAUUAGACAGAACUGUAAAGUUCAAUCUGAAUGCUUUAGUCCACACUUUAUAUACUGUAUUUUUAAACCAUUUCAAGGAGUCAUGCCUGUAUCAUGAAAAUGAGAUCCUUUUGAAAUACCACUCUAUGAAGGGGAAGGGGAAAUGUAAUAAACAAAAUGGAGAGGGUGCUCAUAGUUUUUGCUAUGCCAAUUUCUCCCUAAUCUAAGAAAGUAAUUUAAAUGGAAAGUUCUUUUGCAUAUUAUAUUUUCUGAGCCUUUGUGGUUAUGAUUUGGAAUAACAUGUGCCUAAUUCUCUUACAUUCUGUUCUUAAAUCUGAAUGUCUUGUUUAAAUCUUAAAUGUCCCAAGUGUCUUUGUUGACCCUGAAGAAAUUUAUAGUACACAGAGUUGCCUUAUAAAUCAAAGAACACCACAAAUUUGGGCCUUGAUUUUUAUACAGGGAGAAGGUCUGUCAGAUGUUUUCUGAAGGCCCAAAUAAUUCAAGGUGUGCCUCUGCCACUUAAAUAUUAUUUUUAAUAACCUGAAUCAUUGCUGUCUGCCAAAUAUUGUAUUAAGUCCAAACCUUCAUUUCAGUCUUUCUGUCUGGAAAGGGCACUUGAUGGCUAGAGAGCAACCGCAAACCAAGAAGGCAAUGUGGAGUGAAAAAGGUCAUUCGUUUUUGUUUUAAGUGUCUUUGGCACAUACUGAUAUUUUACAAAGUGAGGAUCCUCUGGUAAAUCACUCAAGUGAGGUUGUUUAGGAAAAUCUUUGUUCAGUUGGUGGCAGUGGUUGGUUUAAAGGAGAAGGAAGAUGAUCUUAAUACCAGAAAUGAUUAGAAGUAUUGAUUUAGAUUUGAUAGAAAUCAUAUGCCCUUUAAUUUUUUAAAAGGAAGGAGUAAAUCUCAACAGCCAUGUAUACCCACAUACUUGUAUUUAUGCUUUUGAUAAACUGUAUUUUCAGCAUUAAUACAUAUAUCCAGUUAUGCCUUAUUUAUAUGAAGAAAAAAGUUACCAAGUUAUGUUCUGAAAAUCAAAUCACUGAGAAGCCCUCAAAUUGGUGCUUUCAUUAUAUAAUGAUACAUUUAGACAAAACCCCAAACCAAGCCAUUUGAAACAAGAUUCUCUCCAUUGCAAUUUGUAGCAAUGUUAUUUCUGUAUAAUGUAAUGAGAAGACUAAAUAUCAGUGUUAACUCAAUUUCUUGUGUGAAUCCAUGAAAUCGUGCCUGUAAAGCUCAGUCAAGUAUUUGUAACAAACUCCCUAAUAAAUCUAGAGAAAGUCACUUUGUUACUUCUUCAUGUCUUUUAGUUUUAUUGGAGGAAUCAGGACAGAAAUUUUGCAUGUGUCUUUUUCACUUGAAGAUCUGACUUAGUGCUGAGUCUCUCUUUCCCAUCAUAUCAACAGGUUAAGUUCCAUUAGUCACAGAUGAUCUGGUCAUGUGUUAUGCUGCUUGACUAACAGUACUGAUUUUUUUUUAAAGGUAGCCUAUGCUAAAAAAAGUCUUUUGUUCAGUAAACAUGAAGAAGGGAGGGAUUGUAUAUGAGUGGGUAUAUCUUGUCUCCACAUUCCAAGUAAAGGAAAUGAUAUAUACAUACCCAUUUUAUGGUACAAGAUUAGGGCUUAAUAAAUUUAUACUAGAAAUUGAAUUAUAAGUCUAAACCUGAACAUUUUAAACAAGUUGGACUUAAUGGUUUUUCAACAAGUUGAUGGUAGCCUUAGAAGGCUGGUUAGUGAUUAUUAACAUCUUAUAUACAGUGUUUGUACUGCUAGCAUUCUCAUGUCUGUACUUGAAUGUAUAGUUAGCAUGUAAAUAAAUGUGUUCAUUCUGUUUCAUUCAGGUCUAUCCAUCUGAUUUCAAAUGCCAGAGCUUAUAUGGACCAAAAAGCAUUAAUUGUAGGGCAGUAAUUUCUGGGUUGAUAAAGGAUUUUACAAUCUAUCCAAAUCUGUCAAUGAUGAAAGUUUCCAGCUGUAUUGAAGGAUGCUAGGACCCACUAUGCAUAAAUUUUCAAUCAGUGAAUGUCAUGGUAGAAAUAUGCUACUUCCUUGGUAUCUGAUUUGGGUUUGUAUUUAGAAAGCUUGUAGUUCUUGCUAUAGUAAGGGAUGCAUUUGUCUUCA